CGGGAGCGGGGCCUCUACUACCGGGACCUCUACCACACGAUCGCCGACUCGAACGUCUGGUACAUCCUCUUCUUCCUGCUCCUCGCCUACGUCGCCGUGUCCGUUCUGUUCGGCCUGCUCUGGUGGGCCGCGUCCGACGCCUGCGACGUCGGCAUCGAGAACUUCAACGCGGCGUUCCUCUUCUCCGUGGAGACGAUGAUGACCAUCGGCUACGGCACGCGCGACCAGUUCUUCGCCGACUGCGGCGCGUCGUCGUUCCUCAUCUUCGCGCAGUCGCUGAUCGGCAUCCUGCUGGACUGCGUGAGCCUGGGCCUCGUCUACACGUCGCUGUCCUCCGGCGUCGGCCGGUCGUCGACGAUCCUCUUCUCGGACCGCGCGGUCAUCCGCCGCGUCGGCGGCGAGCUCUACUUCAUGUUCCAGGUCGUCGAGAUGCGGAGCCACCAAUUGAUCGAGGGCCACGUGCGCUGCUACGCGGUGCGCGACGAGACGGACGCGCGCGGCCGCGCGGCGCCCUUCCAGCAGUGCGCCAUGCGCCUCGACAAGCCCGACGACGAGCUCGGCGGCUGGCUCUUCCUCGCGCUGCCGUCCGUCGUCGUCCACCGCCUCGACGCGUGGUCGCCGCUCGUGCCGCCGGCGCCGCGCGCGAGCGGCCACGAGAUCGUCGUCGUCGUCGAGGGCGUCGACCCCAUCACGUCGAACACGGUCCAGGCGACCCACUCCUACUGCUACCGCGCGCGCGACGGCGAGGACCGGCGGGACGUCGUCUGGGACUGCGACUUCCGGCCCUGCGUGUCGAGGGACGACCGGGGCCGGUGCCGCAUCGACUACGCCGCGUUC